AUGGCCAAAUUUGGAGACCGAAUGAAAAAUGGGAUAGAACAAAGUAAGAAUCCGGCAUAUCAACGAAAACUCUUGAUCAGAGAUCUCCAUGAUGCUACGAAGGCAUCUUUCAAUAUUACAACUCAUGAUGUGCUCCGUCCAACUUAUACAAUUUAUCCAAAUAUAGAUACAACUGCGCGAAAUACUGCAGAAAAAUUGGCAGAAAUUGUUCAGGAGAAUGAAACAGAACUCUUAGAAAAUAUACAACUGAACAGUCUCAUUGCACUCGUGUCAAUCAAUGUUGAUUAUUCGAAAAAAAUUCAGAUAUUGAACUUCACCAUCAAAUGGCUUCUUGCACACGAGAUCGAUGAGACUGUUCUCAAUUAUCUUCUGAUGGGCAUCAGUGGAAAUCUUUUCACGGUUGCGCAAAUCGGCAGAAUCCGUCUCGCUAUACUUUUGUACAUUACUUCUCCCGAUCUUUACAAUUUUUUCGAUAUCCAUGUCAGAGAAUGUGGAAAUGUUUUCAUUCAUCGGAAGUUGGGUAUUCCUGGAGACCCGUCUGACACCGAUUUGUACUAUGAUGAAAAGACACAAGUGAUGUAUUGUAACAUAGUCAAUAAGGUCACAGAUAAUUACUAUAAUCAAAGCUGGCCUGAAGGAAAUAGAAGAAAAGAAAGAGAAGGACCAACAGCAAGGAAAAGAAGAAGACAACUACGUGUUGAAUUCGUCCCUGUUCAAGACUUGAAAAAUCCUCUUUUCAAAUGGGAUUUCGAAGAUCGAGCUGUUCUGAUCGAUAAAUACGACAAACACUCGGCAGAUCUAAAUCUUUUGUCACAUAAAGACGUCAAAGAAUCCAAAUUUGCUCUCGCCUAUAAAGCAGCCAAGUCAGCAAUUUCUCAUUCCAGUCACUCACCACAUAACAAUGAACAAGGUUCAUCAUUGAAAGAAGAAGAUGUUUUAUUCCAUACUAAAUGCUCACUCAGUGCUCCGAAAGAUGUCUUAGAUGAGGAAAAGCAAGAAGAUUCAGGAGCUCGUGACGAAGAAGGAGGACGAUUCGACAAGAAACCGAAAUAA